CCCUACGGCCCGCAUGAUGCGCCCCGUUCCCAAGGAGGACCAGGCCGGCCACACCGUUUCCCAGCGCCUCCGCAAGCUCAAGCAGAUGCCCGCCGAGCUGUACCCCCUCUUCGUCGUCGUCGGCUUCGCUCUGGGCGCCGCUGCCUACUCCUGCUCCCGCAAGUUCUUCGUCGACAAGAACCUGCGACUGUCCCGACAGGGUGCCGCUGCCCGCGCCGCCCAGCAACACACCGAACACGGCGAGGAUCACUAAGCUGUUCGAGUUCUUCUUUCACUUGCGUCGAGGAGCAACGUUUGGGCGGGACAAUGAUUUGACGUGCGUCUACUUGGGAAUAUGAGAUGGGGGAUUCAGUAUACUGUACAUGUCGAGAACCUGUAGGGACGAAGCGCCGAUGAGAAACACAGCUUGCAAGUUGUUCC